AUGGAAACCUCUGCUGCUGAUCCGUCCAUUUACCGAGAACCAGAUCCAACCUGCGGCGGAGGCGGCGGAAACGGAAAUGGCAACGGCGGAAGAACUUUUUACUGCCGGAAGGAGAAAUCUCUCGGAGUCUUAUGCACCAACUUCUUGAACUUGUAUAGUACUCAAGGGGUCGACUCAAUUGGACUAGACGAUGCCUCUUCGAAAUUAGGAGUAGAGCGCCGGCGAAUUUACGAUGUUGUUAACAUAUUGGAGAGUGUUGGCGUGGUGGCUAGAAAACAGAAGAAUCAGUACUCAUGGAGAGGUUUUGCGGCAAUUCCACAUGCUUUGGAGUGCCUCAAGCAAGAGGCAUUGAUGGAGAAUUUCAGUGCUGCAUCUUGUCUGAACUCAGCAAAGGCUCUAAAAGAGAAUGAAGUUGGACCAUCUUCCAAUGUACCAACUGAUGGUCAAGAAAACAAUUCAGCAGCAUCAGUUUCUGCUGGUAAUGAUAACAAAAGAGAAAAAUCAUUAUGGCUUCUCACACAGAAUUUCGUGAAGCUUUUCCUUUGUUCUGAUGAAGAUUUAAUCACACUUGAUACUGCUGCAACAACUUUGCUGGGUGAUGCCCUAAGUUCUACAGCUAUGAGAACAAAAGUAAGACGACUCUAUGACAUUGCCAAUGUUUUGGCUUCCAUGAACCUUAUAGAAAAGACUCAUCACCCUGAAAGCAGGCGACCUGCCUUUAGGUGGGUGGGAUGGAGGGGAAACAAUGUAGCUCUCGACCCUGUGAAAUUCCAGGCCACCAAGAGAACUUUUGGCACUGAGAUUACUAACUUCUCAUCAAAGAAAAACCGGCUGGGUUGUAUCGACCAUAACCAUGUUAUUGCUCCAGUCCUUAAAAUAUCGCAGGAUUCGCAAAACAAAAUUCAUGGAAGCAACCUGAAGCCAAAGACAGAGGAAGGCAAAUCUAAGAGCUUUGUCUUUGGUCCAUUCAGUCCAGCAGUUACUGACAAAGGUGUAAGCUGCACAGGAAACACAAGUAUGACAAAGAUCCAGGACGUGGAGACUCUAGCUUCUACUUGUUAUCCUCAGUACUGCAAUGAAGCUUUAGGCGAGCUAUUUGGUCAUUACGUAGAGGCGUGGAAAUCAUGGUAUGCUGGAGCUUCAAGAAGAGAAAAGACCCAAGGAGACUCAUGA